AUGGAGAGCCUCAGUGAACUGCAGAACCCACUGCUGCCGCGGAGCCCCGCCCACCUCCACAGCCCCUACCCCUACCCGGAGGCCCCGUCCAGCUGGUCCUGCCAAGAGAAGCUUUAUAACUACCUCCUAGGAGGUGCUGGUCCCGCUCACACCCACCAGCUCCUGGACCCAGGGUCCCUGCAGCUGGCUGUGGAGGCCUGGUAUCGGCCUAGCUGCCUCCUGGGGAAGGACAAGAUCAAAGAGCCCAAAACAGGCAGCUGUGAGACCAGCUUCACCGAAGCCAGGGAGCCUCCAGUGGGCCCCGCAGAACAGGGCUCAGAACCUGGUCAAACUGAGGAGGAUGUCACCAUCCACACUGUGUCCUAUGGGGUUCAAGAGGAGCUGCAGGGCCAGGAGGACAGCCAGGAGGAGGAGAGUGAUGCAACCUCGACAGAGAGUGAAAACGAAGACACCUUCCUCACCCUGCCUCCCAGGGACCACUUGGGGCUCACUCUGUUUUCCAUGCUCUGCUGCUUCUGGCCUCUGGGCAUUGCUGCCUUCUACUUCUCCCAGGGGACCAGCAAGGCUAUCUCCAAAGGGGACUUCCGCCUGGCCACCACCACCUCCCGCCGGGCGCUCUUCCUGGCCACACUCUCUAUCGCUGUGGGGGCCGGUCUCUAUGUGGCUGUAGUGGUGGCUCUGGCUGCUUACAUGUCCCAGAAUGGCCAUGGCUAA